AACACAAUGAUGCUUCCAAACCCUUCAAUAUUUUCCCUCUUUCUUUUCCUUCUGUUAUCAUCGGCUUCAUGGGCACAUCCCAAAACUUCAACCCUAGAUAGUUUCAGCCAAUGCCUCUCGGAUAACACGGAGAUUUUGAUACCAUUCUCUAAGGCCUUCAUCACCCCAAACAAUUCCACAUUCCUUCCUACCCUACAGUCCACUGCACAAAACCUCCGUUAUUUGACCCCUUCAGUGCCAAAACCUGAGUUCAUUUUCACUCCAAUGCUCGACUCUCAUGUCCAAGCUGCUGUCAUUUGCGCAAAAGAGCUUGGAAUCCAUCUGAGAGUCCGAAGUGGAGGCCAUGACUAUGAAGCACUCUCUUAUGUCUCCCAAACAGAAACACCUUUCAUCAUUGUAGACCUUGCCAAGCUUCGAUCAGUCAACAUUGACAUCGAAGACAACAGCGCUUGGGUGCAAGCCGGUGCCUCCAUUGGUGAAGUCUACUACAGGAUUGCAGAGAAAAGUAAAACACAUGGCUACCCUGCCGGACUUUGCACAAGUCUAGGUGUUGGUGGGCACAUUACUGGAGGUGCAUACGGUACCAUGAUGAGGAAGUAUGGCCUUGGUGCUGACAAUGUCGUCGAUGCCCAUAUUGUUGAUGCUAGUGGCAGGAUUCACAAUCGAGAAUCGAUGGGAGAGGAUCUGUUUUGGGCAAUCAGAGGAGGUGGUGGAGCUAGUUUUGGUGUCAUUCUCUGGUGGAAGAUCAAGCUUGUUCCUGUUCCAUCAACCGUGACAGUUUUUUCUGUUGUCAAGACCCUUGAGCAAGGCGCCACGAAGCUCCUUCAUAGAUAUCAACAAGUAGCUGCUACUGAGCUUGACGAAGAUCUCUUCAUUAGAGUUAUCAUACAACCAACGGUCUUCGACGCCAAAAGUGGCAACAAAACUAUCAUGACUAUCUACCAAGCUCAGUUUCUUGGAGGUGUUGAUAGACUCCUUGAUGUUAUGGGAACAAGCUUCCCGGAACUUGGUCUGACAAGGAAAGAUUGCACACAAACAAGUUGGCUGAAAUCUGUAAUGUACAUAGCAGGUUACCCAAGUAACACUCCACCUGAGGUUUUACUUCAAGGAAAAUCCACUUUCAAGAACUACUUCAAAGCCAAGUCAGAUUUUGUCAAAGACCCAAUACCAGAAUCUGCGCUUGAGGGGAUAUGGAAAAGGUUGUACGAACAAGCUUCUCCUUUAAUGAUAUUCAACCCAUAUGGAGGAAUGAUGAGCAAGAUUUCGGAGUCGGAGAUACCUUUCCCACACAGAAAAGGAGUGCUCUUCAAGAUUCAGUACCUGACUACAUGGCAAAAUGGAACUGAAGAUGAAGCAGAGCACAUGGACUGGAUUAGGAAGCUGUACAAUUACAUGGCUCCUUAUGUUACAAUGUUCCCAAGGCAAGCAUAUGUGAACUACAGGGAUCUUGAUUUGGGGGUUAACAAGAAGAGCAACACAAGCUUCAUUGAAGCAAGUGCUUGGGGUAACAGGUAUUUCAAGGACAACUUCAACAAACUGAUCAAGAUCAAGACCAAAGUCGAUCCCGAUAACUUCUUCAGGCAUGAACAGAGCAUCCCACCUCUUCCACUCCCUCUACGAACAUCAUCCACAACUGCAAGGUGAUCAUAGAAAAGCCACAGCUACAUAUUUAUGCCGUUUGAAGCGUGGUAAGAAUCUGAUGGGUUAUUCGUUAGUAUGUUUUGUUUAAGAAAAUGUUUGCCUGAUUCUAUAUACUGGAGCAGAAUUGUCAAAUAAGUCUCUGGGUAUCAACAUUCAAUUGUUGUAGAAAUAGUGAUGUACUCCAAUUUACAUGGGACCUGCAAUAAUGGAUUGUUAUAGGAAAGAGCUGGAACAAUGGGAUUGUUUAGCUUUUAGGAGAUAAUGUAAUAUGUAAAUUAAUUGUAUGUAUUUGUUUUUCCCUUACAUUGUGAACGGAUU